CCCCCCCGGUCAAGCUUGAUUCUCAAGACCUCCUCCAAAUCGGUGAUAAAGAAUUCUAUGUUACGGACUAGAAAGUAAGCAGGGAAUGGGAAAGGAAGAAAUUAAUUGACACAAUUAGUCCUUUAAAUAAAACAGGGAGUUUUGAGAGAACAACAAAAUGAUGCGUAGAGAAUUAGUGAAACGGAGCGUUUUGAUGGUAACAGAAUGAACCCACGGUUUUUUGUUAUUAUUUUCCUUUUUAAGUCUAAGUUGUAUGCAGAAAAACAGUUAUGCAAAGUAUACAGAUAAUUCAGAAUCCUCUUCUCUUCUCUGUUCUUCUUCUUCUUCUUCUCUUCAAAUUUUUUUCUUCUCCGUUCUCUCUACUUCUUUUCUUAGAUUUCUUCUACUUCAAUUUACGGAACGUAACAAAGGUAUCAGAGCUUUUUCGAUCCUUACAAUGGCCGGUAAUGGUGUUUUUACUCUACUACAGAAGGAGGUGGGCGGCAUGCAACAAGAAAUUUCCAAAUUACAAGAAACGAUGCUGCGUUUAGAGGCUAAGAUGGACACCAAAUUCCAGGAGUUUAAGGAGGAGUUUCGUGGGGACUUACAGGCAUUGCUGGGCCAAUAUUUUGGUCCUCCACCAACUAGAUCUCCUGCUAACGGCACCACAGACAAGGGAAAAGGAGUCUUAAGUGUUUUCCCUGGGUUUUUACCUAAAGAGACAGAGUUUCUACAGGCGCCAGUAGAUCAUAAGCUGACGGAGGCGAGUAGUGCGCACCAACGGAAUCAGUCACAUAUGGGUGGCGCGUCGGCGAAGACUAGUCGGCUUGAAUGUCCUAGGUUCGAUGGCAGCAAUUUUAGAGGAUGGUGGACUAAAUUGGAACAGUACCUUGAAGCUGAGGGUACACCAAAAUCUAACAAGAUUCGCAUGGUUAUGCUGAAUUUGGAGGGACGAGCACUGGAAUGGCAUCAAUUAUAUUCCCAAUAUAAUGGUGGUCUUCAAAUGUUGUCAUGGCCAGCCUACAUGAAAAGUCUACAGGAUCAUUUUGGGUUUGGACAAUUCGGCAACCCCAUGAAAGAGCUGAUGAAUUUGAAACAACAAGGAGAAGCACAUUCUCUGAAAGUUGAAAGCAUUUUGUACAAAGCAAGGUCAGAUUAUCAAGAGAUUUUUGUUUUUAAGUCAUCAAGCUGCAGGAAGGUGUUUGAUCUUGAUGGUAUAGUUCAACUAACUGAGAAGGAUGUAUGUGCAUAUUGGAAGAUGAUAACUCAUCUUCCCCUUUGCUCAAUUCCAUCUUCCAAAACUGCUCUGGUUGUGGGAGGUGGUGACGGUGAGUUUCUUGCAGAGAUUUCUCGGCACAGCUCUGCUGAGCACAUUGAUAUAUGGGGAAUAGAUAAGAUGGUUAUAGAGGUUUCUAAGAAGUUUUUUCCAGAACUGGCUACUGAAUUUGAAGACCCCCGUGUUUAUUUUCAUGUUGAUGAUGCUGUUGAGUUUCUUCGUAAUGUUCCAGAAGAGACGUAUGAUGCUAUCAUUUUUGAUUCAUCAGAUCCUGUAGGUCCUGCUCAAGAGCUUGUGGAGAAACCAUUAUUUGAUACGUUAGCUAGAGUUUUAAGGCCUGGUGGUGUCCUAUGUAACAUGGCAGAGAGUAUGUGGCUUCAUACACAUCUAAUUGAUUAUAUGAUCUCUAUUUGCCGUGAAAUAUUCAAAGGUUCUGUUCAUUAUGCAUGGGCGAGUGUUCCAACAUAUCCAAGUGGUGUGAUUGGUUUUCUGAUAUGCUCGACAGAGGGGCCAGCAGUUGAUUUUCUGAAUCCCAUUAACCCUAUUGAAAAGUUAGAAGGAGCUCAUCAGCAUAAGAAAGAACUUAGAUAUUACAACUCUGAGAUGCAUAAGGCUGCUUUUUCGUUGCCUUCAUUCCUGAAGAGGGAGAUCAUAUUAUUGGUUGAUGCUCACGGUGUAAUGCAGAAAGAGCCAGUCCGAAUUAUGGACAGAAAAAUAGUCAAAAGAGGAAGCACAGUUGUUACAGAAGUUCUAGUUGAAUGGAUUGAUUCUUUUCCUGAAGAUGCUAUUUGGGAACCUCUCCACAUACUUCAGGCCAAUUUUCUUCACAUUUGUCCUUGAGGACAAUGAUCUUGUUUUGGUGGGAGGGAGUAUUGUUACGGACUAGAAAGUAAGCAGGGAAUGGGAAAGGAAGAAAUUAGUUGACACAAUUAGUCCUUUAAAUAAAAUGGGGAGUUUUGAGUGAACAACAAAAUGAUGCGUAGAGAAUUAGUGAAACGGAGCGUUUUGAUGGUAACAGAAUGAACCCACAGUCUUUUGCUGUUAUUUUCCUUUUUAAGUCUGAGUUGUAUGCAGAAAAAUAGUUAUGCAAAGUAUACAGAUCUCUGUUCUUCUUCUUCUUCUUCUCCGUUCUCUCUACUUCUUUUCUUAGAUUUCUUCUACUUCAAUUUAUGGAACGUAACAUUCUACUUCCUUCUCCCUGUAAGGAGUAUUCUCAGGGGAGCACUUGCGCCUAGGCAUCACGCGUCGAUUUACCAGACUCCGACCGCCACAGCUGGAGUGGUGCCGCCUCAUCAUGGUUACCAUGGCGGAACGAAGACAGGGAGAUCAGUGGGUUCCAUGGCAAGUUCUGCGGUGGCGGCAAAGAAAGGGAGGGAAAGAGAAUAUUAUGAAGAUUACGGCGAAGGAGAGGAUGUUGGAAGUGGCGGGAAGAAGGUUAGAAGGGAAGAAUGGUAUAGCAGCGUAGAGGCCGGCGCCGGAGGAAAGGCAAC